AUGGCAUUAAUCAGCCGUAGCGGCGUCAUGUCACGGCCUCUUCUCCGACUGUUUUCGUCAGCGCGAUAUACCAAUCUGGGAUGGAGAAAUCGAGGGAUUGCUACAGCACCACCACCUCAUGCACAUCCGAAUCCCGGGAACUUUGCGAACCGUCCACACGAUGAGCUUGUAGCAAUCGGCCAUAAGGGCGGCAAGAAAGGUGGCAAAGCCCGAGGCGGUGGAUUCCAUGGCACAAAUACAGAGAAACAGGUAAGACUGAGCAGAAACCAUCGCGCUCGGAGAAAAUCUGCAGAGCACGAGGAGACUGAGCUAGAAGCCGAACGUCGUGGCCGAUCGCAUGAGCCAUCUGUAGUUCCACCUGGAUUUGAAGAGUGGAAGACAAGUGUUUGA